AUGCCCGAGAGAGAGGCACGUACCUACGAAGAAAUUGCAUUGAAGCCUGAGGUCGUGCAACGGGGUAUUCAUUUGGUGGCACCUUUGGCUCGGAUCCUAUUGCGGCGUGCCAAGACCGUCAAAGGAUUUCAUGGUCGCACCACGGCUGCCGAGUGGGAUGCCUUUGAGAAGGAUUUCAACAUUACCAUUCCAGCGGACUAUAAGCAAUUGACCAACACCGUUGGGACUACCGACGGUACCAGUGCUUGGCCAGUGGUGCAAAUGCUGCUGGAGACACCCCUCGAGCAUAAUGGAGGAAUUCACCCUUGUACCACCACAGAAGCUCUGUACGGGGAUGUUAUUGACAACAAUGGCAUGGCAGAGUAUGAAGUCGAUUCUGACGAGGAGGAGGAAGGCGAAAAGGAUGAGGACAAAAACAAUUUGAAGUACCCAUUUGAGUAUCUGAUGAUUAAGAAGCGUAAUGUGUAUUCCUUUGAUCGCAAUCUCGAAGGAGGAAAAGUGAACGUUGAGGCGAGCGAUCUUGGUGACAUUGGCGAGGUGGAUUCGGAACAGGACAAGAAAGACAUGGCAAUGUUGGAUGAUGUUUCUGAUUUUGAAAUCAUCGAAGAUGUGACAGAGAAAUGCACAAUCAUGGCACCUUUGACUGUGGAGCCAAUGAAGAAAGAGCCGACCAAGAAGAAGCGGAAGAAAAAAAAUUAA